GACUUAUUUGGGUUUUGCAGAUCCAAGGAAUGCCCUAUGGGAACCUUUUGCCUAUCAGUGACGGUCCUGUCAAUAACAGCACUGGGAUCCCUUUCUUUUAUGUGACGCUGAAAGAUAACGCAGUGGCAGAUCUCCUGAAGGAUCCUGUAGCUUCACUGACCCUACCAGAAUCAGAUGGGAAUUUCUGCAGAAAAAACGUAGUUGAUCCAGAGGAUCCAAGGUGCGCCAGACUGACACUCACAGGACAGAUGGUCACAGUGCCUCCAGAGGAAACGGAAUUUGCCAAGCAAGCAAUGUUUUCUAGGCACCCAGUGAUAAGAAAGUGGCCUCGUAGCUACGAGUGGUUCUUCAUGAAAAUGAAUAUUGAGCACGUCUGGCUUCAGAGCUGGGCUACUCAGAUUUUGGCUUCAAGUCUGCAGGCAUCGGCAACGUUCCUAAUAUUCCGUAAGAACUGAAGGAAGAUAUGGGGAGAAACUUUCUUUAGACACUUGGUAAGCAUUUUUUUCUUGUUUUAUUGCCAGUGAGUCUGCAGAUCUCUUGCAGAGGUAAUUACACAAGAUGAGGAAGUGUCCUGUCUGAAUGUAUUUCCCGUAUUUUCUUGGCAGAUGAACAGCAUCCUCCCAUCUAAAUUUGCCCCCAAAUCUGGUACUGUGUAGUACUGAAUCAAAAUGUCUGGUCCUGUACAAAUGUAUAGAAUACCAUUUGAUGAAAUCAUUCUUGAUUCGAGUAAUUUUGCCAUGGACAUCUUUGUGCACUAUGGAUUUGACACUGUCCACUAGGAUUGAUGGGACUUUCAAAACAGAGGUCAGUAGGCAGAGUUCUAGGCUCUCUAAGAGAAUCUCCACAGGUCCAACCUACACAUUUCUGUGCAACUUUAUUUAGACAGUUUGUCAUCCUUGUUACUGCUAUUCCUAGAGAAGCCUGAACUUCUCUCCCUCUGCCCCUCACAAACACACACAUAGGGUGAGCAAAUCCAGUGUUUAAGAAAGCUAAAGAACAGCGAGAAUUUUAGAAAUUUUCACUUCCAUCCUUAGGCAGCUUGGUAACAGGGACAUGGUCUUAGUAUGUGUUAUCCAUCACUGACUAACACUGUUGCCUUAAAGCAGUAAGGGAGCGUGCCCACAAUAUUUAGAUAAAGAGCUUUAACUGUUUAAGAAGUGUGUGCUAUAAGAAAGGUUUUGAACUUAUUCUACUUGCUGUGUCCCUGCACAGUUAGAUUAAUUGGAGAUAUAUACUGUGUUAUAAAUUGACACAUUCAUCAGAGAGCUUUUAUAUACCGACAAGCCUUGAGAUUCUUGACAGAAGCUCAAAACACAAAGUAGGAAUGGCAUGUAAAGUGACAAAAGAGCCUUCACAAGGAAACACUGCUGUAAAUCACCUGUUCGCAUUUCAUGCUUUCUUCCUCCAUGGAAUAGCUUCCAUUAAAGUUCUUGAAAGUCUACAUAAAUUUAUCAAAAAUAUGACGUGCAGAUUUCUGAAUAGAAUUUUCAGAGCACAAAAAGGGGAAGACACAGUCAAUAAUUUGUUUAACUGUUCUUUACAUUAUUAGUUAUGCACUACUUCAAAUCUUUCCUUAAAGAGGCAAAUGUAUCAAGUGGAAUUGGUUGUCAUAUGCCAAGUGACAUUUGUAAAAGAUUUUAAUCAAAAGAGUCUUAUUAAGAUAGCAUAAUGAGAUCAGAUUUCCUUGAGACUGUAAAGAGUUUCAUCUCACUUCAGCUUAAGUUGGUAGCAGAACUCCUAUUUAUUUGUUGUGCUUUGAUUAUAAGAUCAAAGAAACAUUUUUAGAAAGUCUGGAUAAGCCCUGACAAAUUUAUUAAGUAUUUCAGCUAGUUGAUGUGUAAUUUAUUGCCACGUGUUCUGUAUUUUACUUAUUUCUUUAGCUUCCCCAAAAACACGUGUUGCACAACACCUAUUAUUUAAAACUUUAACUGGGGUUUUGCAGUAUUUAAGAGAUGCAUUUAAUCAUGUCUGUAUAUUUGCUGAAAGAAAGGAAGACAAAGUUCUGAAUCCUGGGCUCAAAUGUUUUGCUAAAUUGUGCACAUAUCAUGCAUGCACAGUACUAAGCACAGCUAGUCUUAACUGCUGUUCUUAUUUAACCAAAGAAUACUCCAUUACUGAUGAAAUUUUCAUCACUUAGCUGGAUGAAGUUCAGUAUGCUUUAUUUCUGGAUGUGUACUGUAAUCUGCAAUGCAUUUUGAUUUCUAAAGAUACUGAAUGUUAACAAAAUGCCCAUCAAGGACAAAAUGCAAAUAAAACAGUUUUCAAAGAGGAA